AUGUCACAGCAAUAUGAAUUUGCCGCUCCGCCUAUGUCUGCGUUUUCACCACCCAGUCAACCAUACUUCGCUCCACCACCCAGGCAAACGCCUCCGUCAAAUGGGGGUUAUCCGGUACCUCAACCCUCAAUUAGCCCGGCCGCUAUGAGCCCACCACCAAACAAACAGGGCUAUUCCAGUGCAGAAUAUCCAGCUCCUCCAUCAGCCAGUCCAACACCCAGUGAUCCGAUUGCCAAACAAAAUGAGGCAGCAUUCCUUCACAAUCAGUCUAUUGGUCAAGCAGUAACGAUGGAAAAGAUGCCCGGAGGGGCACCGGCAUAUGGACAGUUUGUCGGAGCACACUCGACCACCCAGGAUGAUGUUGGGAUAUUUAAUGGAGGCAGCUACAGAAUCAGCCACCGAGAUACCAACUCACUUUUGACAAUACAAUUGGCAGUGGGUUGUCCUUUGACUGCCAGGCCAGGUGCAAUGAUUGCAAUGUCGCCAACGAUUACCCUAAGAGGAAGCUUUUCAUUCUCGUUCAAGAAAUGGCUCGUCGGUGGCAGCAUGACUACGUCACAUUACACUGGCCCAGGUGAGCUACUGCUUGCGCCCCCUAUGCUGGGAGAUAUUAUUGUCCUUCCUAUCAACUCGGGAGAGCAAUGGAAUGUCGGAAGGGAUUCCUUCCUUGCCCACACAUCUGGUGUUCAUCAUGAAUACGCGGCCCAGAGUCUCAGCAAAGGGUUCUUCUCCGGAGAAGGAUUUUUCGUUUACGAGUUUACGGGCGACGGUUUGCUGUGGAUGCAAAGUUUUGGAGCAAUCAUCAAGAAAGAUGGCGGGGAAUCUUACUUCGUCGACAAUGGUCACCUUGUUGCAUGGAAAUGCGCCUAUGAGAUUGAGCGGGUUGCUUCUGGUGGGCUCGUCUCUGGUUUCAGUUCUCGCGAAGGACUAGCUUGCAAAUUCAAAGGCCCAGGCACUGUGUAUCUGCAAACCAGAAAUCUCAAAUCCUUUGCUGCCCAGAUGAAGGUCACCAGCGCCAAUAUGUGA